AUGGUUUCCGACGAGCAUUACGAGAUCUGCCUCCCGAUUCUCCAGGAUGUCACCCUCGAGGAUGAAGACAAGACGGACAAGCUAGAAGAUCUCCUGCGAAACCAGACGACUCUGAAUGGCUCCUCUCUAGAUAAUGCGAUCCUGGAUGUCCUAUGGCGAUACCGUGAUGGAGGUGGACUGGCGGCCUCCCCUCCUCCUAUCCGCCAGACUAUCUUGCGGCGACCAUCACCUGCAUCAUGGCGCGGCAAUGCCACUCCUCUGUCUGGCUCGCCCAGACUUGGGGUCAGUCCUUUGGCCCCUCCAGGCUUUGUUCCGUCCUUUACUCCAUCUUUCACAAGAACGAAAUCGUCUGCGGCCUCUCCCUUCUCCUCUCCGAGGCCCUCUCCGAGACUCGCAUUUGCGACACCCGCCAUACCCAAUAGCCCGAACUUGAACGCAUACGAGUUCGCCAACGACAAAUCACCUUCUCAUGAAACUUUUGGCGACUAUCAGACGGAAAACGUGGAGUGGCUUGUCGCCGAUGAUGCUAUCAGCGUUACAUCAUCUGUCGGAACCUCAAGUGGCCUGAAUGCUGCUGCGCCCGAGUUUUCCUCCAUGUCGUCACAGCAAGCUGACAUGUCUCCAUAUGACAUGCUGCGUUCAAUUCUCGGCCGGACGCGAACUGAUGAGGAGAUUGAAGCAGCUCUUGCCCUCCAUGGCUACGACCUAAGCGCAACGAUUGCAUCAAUCAUGGAAAGUCAGGCGCAAGAGAACGGAUAUAGCAGCUCGCAGCCUGACGACAAUAAGGUGUCUCUGAUAGGAAAGGCGCUUGCUGCAGAAGGACGGCCCAGUACCCCAGCUGGACAAAGGUCGGGCGUUAUCUGCAAAUUCUACAUGUCCACGGGACAAUGUUUAAGGGCAGAUUGCAGAUUCAGUCAUGACUUGAGCAAUCAUUUGUGCAAAUACUGGGUAAUGGGCAAUUGUCUAGCUGGCGAAACUUGCAUAUUCUCCCAUGACCCAGCACAUCUAAUGAACAAGCUGGCGCUGGACGGGGCCAGUACUCCGCCAACAAGGCAGGCCAACUUGUCCGAUUUGAACUUGUUCCCAGCACUUCCACCCGGCACGCCUGAUCACAUUGGCAGUUAUAGCGGAAGUCCAGGUGUUACAAUCGGGCUUACGCCCCCACCCGGCCUGAAGCCGUUCUACGCGAGCGACAGCCCUCGGUCUAGAUCUCGCCCAGGAAGCCGACACCAGCAAGCGAGGGAACUUGUGGCUCCGUCGCUGGACGAUGCAGACGCAUUCCCUACUCUAGGCUCUGCUGCAGCGAAGCAAGGCAAGAAACACCACGGGAAAAGGGGUGGACACGGCCACAAUCAUAAGGAAAAUUACGCACCAAACUCCCUUGCUGAAAUCGUCAAGAUGUCGCCGUCUCCAGGGCCGGCUUUGCUCCGCCAAGAUAUCAAAAAGAUUGGACGAAAUGGGAGCUCAACCAAUAUCCGGAACGGGGAAAACAGCGCGGCAGCACAGGCGAUCCAGAAUCCGAAACACAUUCCGUGGUUAGAAACUGGCGAAAGAGCCAACAAGGCCUACCUCAAAGCUCGACAAGAAGCUAUUAAGCACGGCGGUCUCAGGAAUAAGUUCCUCCAGAGCGCUGCUCAAGCAUGGAACCGGAACGAUGCUAGGGCUGCCAAAGCUCUGAGUCUGCGAGGCCAGAGCGAGAAUGACUUGAUGCGGAAGGCACAUCGAGAAGCAGCGCGCGAGCUCUAUGAGGAACGCAACAGAGGCAUUGCGAACAGUUCCGAGAUAUAUGUAGACCUGCAUGGACUUCACCCUGAGGAAGCCGUGGAAUACCUUGAGCGGGUUCUAAUGGAGAACGGCAAGGAGACUCGACCGAUUUACGCCAUUACCGGUACUGGUCAUCACAGUAAGAACGGCAAGGACAAGGUCGGCAAGGCGAUUCGUAACUUCUUGAACGAGUGGAGGUACGCCUACCGCGAAUUCUCCGUCCCUGGAGAUCGCAACAAUAUGGGUGGCAUCUUGGGCAUUGAUGCUCGAAGCUACGACAAGUCGUUGGCGCGUGAAGGAACGUCGAGUGCAGACGACAGUAAAGAGGAAGUUGAUAUCUUGAGUCAGGGUGUGGAGAUUGGGGACGGCAAAGUCAGGAUGCUUGUUAGGGAUCCUCCGAAGGGGCCUAGUGGACGGCGAUAA